ACACCUGCCUCUUUUACCUGUCAAACAGGUAUGUCUACUCUGACCACAACUAGGAAGGCGACACCUCUUCUACCCUCCUGUAGCCCAGCUUCUCAGCUCCUUCUUGCACUCGCCUGUGCCAGUCUACAGGUAUCUGAAUACGCGAUUCCUGUCAGAAUGGUACAAUGAGGAGAAGAAGCGACAGACUAAGAAGGACAAAUCUCUGACGAGUUGCACCAGGAGGGCAAGGUUGAGAAGAACGAUGGCGGCAAUUGUAACAGGCUUGAUCCCAAUUCUCAGAACUGCUGUUGAGGCCUCCACGGACUACACAGGUCGGACACUAUGGUUUGGAUUUCUAACCAUCCGCUUGGUCACUCUCUACAUUUCGGAGAUGCCCUGGGGGAAGCUGGAUUCAGAUUUUAGCUGUAACGUGACCUACACAGACUUUUGCCACAAGUCCUGUUUCAACCAGCACUUUAACUUGCCUAUGGUCAGUCUGUGGAACUUCACCUACAUCCUCUUUGCCAUCUCGGUCCUCCUCAUGGAGCUCUUUGCCUCCCAGUUGCGGCACAACCUAAUCAAAAAGCGACUGAGGAAGGACCCCACCGAAGAUCUGGAUGUCCACAUUACUAUCACAGGGGUCAAAGGCCAUGACCUGGCCAACAAAGAUAUGAUGAUUGAUUUCCACAGAAGGAAAACUGUCCUCUGCCUCUACCUUAUGACCGUUUUCCUAAGGAUUGCCAUUGAAGCAGUCUUCCUCACUAUCCUGAUCUUCUGGCAGCUGCCCAAGGUGGACGGGGAGCCUUUUCUGUGCCAAACAGAGCUGUGCCCAGGACCGUACAUCUGUAUUGUUCGAGCUAGUCCUGAAAAGCAAAUGUCCAUCUACACACUUGUCUUUAUCUCCGGCAUGAUACUUCUCACCAAUGUGGUGUUCUUUCUCUAUUCUGUGUGUCACUACUUGAUUUUAGGGAGGAGCGGACCACCAAGUCCAGUUUAACCGUAAAUAUUUUGAAGUUUUGAAUUUUCAGAAUCAAAGGAAACCCGCAAAGCCAAGGUUGCAUGGAAGAAUAUGGUUUAUCUUGUUACCUCCAAUGUUUCACAGCAUGCCGUCCAGAGUAGAACCCAGAGGAGUGCAUGUUAUGUGGUGGUCAAAGCAGUUCACAGGUUCAGUCACAAUUUUUCAAAUUCGUAAGUACAGUAGCCAAAGAGAAAGUGAUUAACAUGACACCCACCAUACCCUUGGUCAUCCAAUCAAUGGCAGGUAAAAACCCUUCUCCUGUGAUGACCAUCACGUAGGAAAAUUAAGUUUAUGAGAAAAGUUAGAACAUGUGAGGUCCAUCUGACCUACCAUUUAUGUAUGCUGGACGAGGCAGUAGAUGGGGGGGUCAUGAGACCACUGGAAAGGGGUGUGUGACGCUCCCGAUAUCUCUGCAAAAUGACAAAGGUCCAAGUCUUUAGAGUCCUGGUGCUCCCUGUUUUGCUAUAUGGUUGUCCAGUGACUUGAGAUGAUGACUGGACUCAUUCAUGUGUGUCUCUUCAGAGAAUCCUUGGGUACCAUUGGUUUGACUUUGUGCUGCGCAUGGAGUCCUGAAUGAGGCACAUGACCUGCAUUGUGAGGGAGUGUCAGUUGCGGCGCUACGGCCAUGUGGCUCAAUUCCCCAGAGGGUGAUCUAGCUCAUUAUUGAGGACCCCAGCA